AUGGCCCCCCAGAUGCGCUCUCGAGGCCGUGCAUUGCUGGUUCUGGCUGUCUUUGCGGUCUGCAGAUGGUCCGACGUACUCAACUUCGUUUGCAGUCCCCCAUCGAGAUCACUGGAGACAGUCCAGCGGAGGGCGAGUGCUGCCGGCAGUGAGCCACCCAGCACCACCACCGAGGACAAGAAGGCCGGCGGUGACAAGGAGAUCGAUGACGCUGUCCUUCGGAUGGCCAUGGCCAUGUCCGAGGAGGAGGAGGGUACUGCACCAGCCACUCCGGAGAAAUCGGAGAAGAAGGAGGAAGGUUUUGACUUCAACAUUUUGGUCACUGCGUUCUGGGUGAGCCUGAUUAUCUACUCCUUCGGCUCCAGUGUCAUCGGAGUGACGCAGGGCCGAAUCCAGGACAGGACAGGUGGCGAUUUCACCCUGUAUGACUUCUUUGACAACAUCUUUUCCUUCUCUGAGUGGAACUGGGAAUACUCCUUGGGCUUCGAUCCCUUCAAGCUCUUUGAUGGUCUUAAAAACGGUAGUGCAUCGUCGACGCCACCGUCUGCGUGA